AUGCAUUCUCCGACCCUCGCUCUCAUUCUCACCUUCGCAUCCGCGAAGAUCUCUGGGGCACUCCCAACCCGUCGCCAGGACCAGUUUCCCGCACUUCCAUCUCUAGGCGGUGGAGGCAACACCUUCCAAGAUAGCGCCCAUUUCCGGAUCUACAAUGCCCCGUCGGCCAGCACAGGUUCGGCAACACUCGCCAUCAUGGAAGCAGCACAUCAGUGCUUCGUGUCGGAACUGGGCUGGCGUACGCCGGGGCAAUCCAACAAUGGCGGACAAACUGGCGGCCCGUAUAAGAUGAAUAUCUACACUGUGGCAGACAAUGCUCUUGGGGGUUCUGCGGGACAGCAGUGGGCGGACGAUGCGAAGGGGAUCCCAUAUCUCAAAGUUGGUAAGAGCUGGGUCUCCGAACCGAGUGUUAUUGUGCAUGAGUACGGGCAUGCUAUGCAUUACUCGGAGAAGAAUUGGAUCGGCCAGACGCGUACAGGUGCUUGGUGGGAGUCAAUCGGAAACCUAAUCGCAGACACCUACAUUGCAACACCAACCUGCGCCGCCGCCCGUGCAGCCCAUGGAAACCUCCCCGCAGGUCCGACGCUCUUCGACCCCAAAAAAGUUCUCGGCGACAGCUUCCAGGUCCUCGUCGACGGAACUUCGGGAUCGGGAAACUACUACCAAGCAUGGCCGUUCAUGACUUACAUCCUGAAUAACCCAGACAAUUACCCCGGAUGCGGUAAAACAGUGCUGCUGGACAUGAUCCGGAAAUACCACAUCAACAGCAACGAUACGCCUCUUCACUCCCUCGAGAAACUGAUUAGCGGUGUUAGUGUGCAGAAGGUUGUGGGCAGGUAUUGGGCGCGGAUGGCGUAUGUGGAUAUUGGACAUGCGAAAGCGCAGGCACUUUUUCAAGAGUUAAGGGGUCAGAUUAACUAUUCAAAUUUGGACUCUAGUGGGAAUGGGAAGUAUACUGUGAAAGCUGCGAGAGCGCCUCGUUACAUGGGCGCCAAUAUCGUUCCUUUGAAGGUUUCCGGGUCUACUGUGAGUGUGGUGGUUCAGUGCAGUGGGAGUUAUACUGCGACAUUGGUGGCGAGAGGGGGAAGUGCGGUGAGAUAUGUUGAUCUUGUUAAUGGGAAUGCUAGGAUUGAUUUGGUGGGUGCAGAGGAGGUUUCUUUUGUGUUUGUCAAUACGCCGGCUUUGGUGCAGUAUGAUGCUUUUAGUAUUCCGGGGGAUGUGAAUAGGGGGUUGGGGUAUUCUUUUCAGCUUACGGGAGCUACUGUGUCGUGA